AUGAAAAUAUUAUUAGUGACUUUAAUCGGUCUUGUGGAUUACACUUAUCAAUCAGGAUGGUCGUACGAUUAUCAAACGCAAUGGCCAGGUCUAUGCAGGGGUGGACAGCUCCAAUCUCCUAUCAAUAUCAUGACUCGUGACGCCAUUUUCGACAAGCACGAAGCCCAUAUACGCGGACCGCUGGUGAUGAGAGGAUACGGAGAUGUUAAGGUCACAGCGAUCAACAACGGGCAUACACUAAGAUGGAAGGUGAAACCUGACACUGAGGCGCCAGUGCUCUCCGGGGGUCCACUUAGAGGGAACUACACCUUCCUGCAGUUUCAUCUACACUGGCUCUCGGAACACGCUAUUGACGGCAUGAAAUAUCCCAUGGAGAUACACAUGGUGCACGUGAAAACCGGUGUCCCGGUGGAUGAAGCCUUGAAACGUCCAGAUGGACUCGCCGUCAUCGGCGUCAUGUGUCAGAUAUACAGUAAUGAAGAAAGCCAAUUCGCUUUGGAGCAAAUAAUGCCCGCUGUACCGGAUCUCGCAAGCAGAUCUGAAGAAGAAACCGAUCCUAAGAACAUUGAUUUAAGACGCCUGCUGAGUCCAAACCCUCAAUCCUACUACACAUACCACGGGUCCCUCACCACACCGGACUGCCAGGAAUCAGUCACCUGGAUCGUUAUGGACAAACCUCUCAUCAUUGCUGACACACAGUAUCAAGUCUUCAGCAAAGUCGACGUCGGUGGUCGAGACAACUAUAGAAACUUGCAACAAGUCAACCGCGUCGUGUAUCGCUCAGUAGCUUCUUGCUCCACGAUCCUGAUGCCGAGUUUCUUUGGAACCAUAAUUAGCUUGAUAAGCUGCCUCUCGUCCUCCCUCACUGCUGGAGUCAACAAGGGAUACUGCUACAUCGUUAACAUCAAGAGAAGAUUGUUGGGCAGUACGGUGAAAAAGUGCGCGAAAUUGGCGUAAGCUAUGUCCGGCUUUGAUAUUAGGUUAAGGCGAGCAUUAAUGUUAUUUUAGUUUCAUUAUCAUGAGCGUAGAGUGAUAAAAUCCGCUAGUGUAUUCCAUAGUUCUACGGUUAUAACCAUACAUUGUGUGUGAGCACUUAUGAACACGCAAAGCAAAUGCAAAGAGUAGAUUAUUUGCAAGAUCAUGACUUACUUUUAACAUCAAAUCGAUAUAUUCGUUUUAAUAUUUAUUUUAAUUUUAAGCUAUCAUACAUUAAACUUGAUACGUUUAUUUAGAAUAAAAUUUUAAAUAAAUGUAAGUAUCUAGUCUAAUAGUCUCUGCAAGCACUGACUGGCUCUUUUGAGUCUUGUUGUCAGAAGCUAAAAUGCGCUCACGUAAAAACUCAAAAGCCUAAAGGAUCUACUUUUACGUAAUCCGAUUUUUCCACCUACUGAAAUAUUGUUUUAGUUGUUUAUUCCUUAUACAUUAUAAUAUAAGUUGCAAAAGAUUUUCGGAUUUACCUAAUGCUUAAGUUUAUGCUGUAUAGCAAAGGGAUGUGGAAAUUUCAGAAAAAGUAGAUAUCGUAGCGGUAAUAUUUUGUUUUACUAUCUUAGAUACAAAGCGCCGAUGACUUACACAACUUAAACCUAGAUAAUUCACAGUAUACAAGUUACUCUGCAUAUAUCAAGACAAAACGGCUUUAUAACGUCUAAGUUUGAGUGGAAUAAGGAGUAGGUAGAAAUAAGAGGAUUUAAUAACUGUAGUACGACUAACCCUUCCGGUCAUGAAAAGCGGUGGAGAAGUAGCAGCAGUACACUAAGGAGAUUAGAGACUCGGGCGCUAUGACAUGUCGUUCCAAACGAGGCUUGUGGAGAGUACUCGACGGUAGGCAGAGGCUUUGCUCUGCCCCUGGCAU